AUGAACACGGCUACUAUCAACAAGGUCGACCCUGGCGACGCUUCGUACAAUAUGGACAAUAAACAGGAAGUCGAGAUGCUCGAAAGUGAAAAGCCUUCGGUCCACUACGUCGAGGAUGCCAGUGCCGAAGCUGAGCAAGAUAUGCGUGGCCAAGAACUUACCGGCUACGAGGACUUGACUCUUUUUCAAACACUAAAGACCUUCAAGAAGACCAGCCUCUUGUGUCUGGCGGUUACCUUUACGGCUGCCGCCGAGGGCUACGAGAUCGGGAUGACGAAUAACAUAAACGCCAAUGCGGGGUUCAAUCACUCGGUUGGCGAGAAGCUGGUCGACGGCGAGAGAAGCAUUUCUGCGGAGCAGUUUGCCAGAUGGUCGCCGCUCUCCACCACUGGGCAGGUCUUGGGUCAGGUCGGAUUCCCCUUUAUUUCGUCCUGGUUCGGACGUAAAUAUUCCUUGUUGUUGAUAUGGCUCACCGCUGUGGUGGCCAUCACCUUGCAAUCUUCUACCACCGACAACGACCGAACCUGGGCAGCUUCAAAGAUCUUCACUGGUGCCUCCGUGGGAGCGAUCCAAACCGUCGUCCCUCUUUACGUGUGCGAAUUGGCGCCUACCAAGAUCAGAGGGUCUUUAAUCUCACUCUACAACUUUUGGUUCCAACUCGGAAACUUUUUCCCUCCAAUCGUUUUCCAGGUGCUGAAAAACUCGAACAGGGAGAGGGAGUGGAAGCUACCCGUUUACACCCAGUGGGCCACCAUCGCGAUUAUCGGCGCAGUCUUUUUAUUCGCGCCUGAAUCACCUGUCUGGUGCGCUCAGAAAGAUAAGAGGGAUCGCGGUAUCGCGAUUCUCCAGAAACUCAACGGCGGCAUUGAAGGAUACUCGGCUGAGAAACAGUAUGACAUCUUGCGCCGUGGUGCCGAAUACGAGAAAGCCAAGAACGCCGAAGUUCGCAAGGAGCAUUGGUGGAACAUCUUCCUCGGAACCAACUUGAUUCGUCUAGUGAUAUCCACCUGGACGACCCUCGCCUUUCAAUUGUUGGGUCUAGGCCUUUUCUUGUCGUACGGGUCCAUUUUCUAUGCGGCUGCUGGAGUAGAGGACCCCUUCCUGGUCGUCAUUAUCAACAAUUGCGUCACGCUCGGAUCCAUCCUGCCCAUUAUCCUUUUUGCUGAUAAAAUCGGUCGGCGCAUGGUCUGUCUCGUCGGGAUGGACUUGAUGUGGAUCGCCUGUCUACUGGUCGGGGUGUUGGGCCUUUUGAAGAAGAGCUCAGUUGUGAACUCGCUGCUCGUAUUCUUCUCGUGCUUGUGGACCCUCGGAUUGCAGACCGCCGCUACUGCCGCUUAUGGUUACUUGGCCGAAACCUCUACCCAAAGUCUCCGAGAAUACACAUCCGGCUGGGCUUAUGCUGUUUCGACGAUCUUUGGUACCAUCUGGGGCAUCAUGAUCCCAUACAUGCUCGACGAGACCGAGUGGAACUGGAACUUGAAGACCGGUUUCUUCUUUUUCGGGAUCGGUGCGUUCAGCGCUGUAGGGGGCUGGUUCGUUCUCCCCGAGACUGCCAGGCGCACGCCGGCCGAGCUAGACGAGCUGUUCGCUCGCAAGAUCAAGCCUUGGAGAUUCCAUAAAACAAAGACUGCUACGCAACUGGCCGCGGACGAGGCUAGCCGUCGAGAAGAUUCUAGCAACAUCUGA